AUGGCUCCUAUCCCUCGAAAGCCUUUCGGAGAACGUCAGGGUCCUCCUGCUCCGCACCGCUUUCGGCAGAGCCAGGCUGAGAAGGUCGUGUUGCACGCCAAAACAAGUCCCGAGUUGCCGUCUGUGUCACUGCCACUUGUGACGCAGAACGGAACCCAGGGUGCACUGGUACUGGUGGUGCCGACCUCUCCAAGACACCGCUGCCGCAAGUGCGUUCGCUUUGCCGAGGAGUUGCAGGUCUUUUGGAUUUCGGAGGAUGUGAUGCCUCAGCAGAAUCCAACUUCCGGACUCGCGCUGCUGCUCUUGCAGAGACGGUACCGACAGCAGCUGCGCGAAGCGGAUGCCCCUGCACAGGCUGCACAGCAGGUGGCGUGCCGGUUGUCCAGCUCAGCUUUUGCCUGCAAGGCGUACUUCUCCCGCUCAUCUCUUACCUGUAAAGCGUGUUGA